AUGAGCCGCGAACCUCUUCCUUCCUCGUUCGAAGAUACCCCUCAAUUUCGAGAGGAAACCUCUCUCCAAAAAUUUACGCGACGUCUGAAGGAAGAGCCACUCAUCCCACUAGGAUGCGCCGCAACAUGCUACGCUCUCUACCGUGCCUACCGGUCCAUGAAAGCAGGCGACUCGGUCGAGAUGAACCGGAUGUUCCGCGCCCGAAUCUACGCACAAGCAUUCACGCUGGUGGCCUUGGUCGCAGGUGGGAUGUACUUCAAGACAGAGCGGCAGCAGCGCCGCGAGUUUGAGAAGGCGGUGGAAGUGCGGAAGGCUCAGGAAAAGCGUGACGCUUGGUUGCGCGAGCUGGAGAUUCGGGAUAAAGAGGAUCGGGAGUGGCGUGAGCGGCAUGCGGCUAUUGAGGCGGCGGCCAAGGAUGCCGGGAAGCGGCCGUCAUCUGGUGAGCCCGAUGCGGCUCGGGCUGCGAUUGAGCCGGCCGAUGAGAAGCCUAUUGGGGUGUUGGAUGCCGUGCGAGUACUUGUGUCCCGAGGGAACUGA